AUGCCCCUGCAUGCAGGCGAGCCCACACCCCAGGCCGAUGCCGCUCCCGCGCCUAAGGGCAAGGCCAAGCCCGCCGGCAAGAAGCAGAAGGAGACCAAGCUGGGCAUGCGGGCUACCAAGGAUGGCGACUUCAGCGAGUGGUACUCCCAGGUGGUCAUCGAGAGCGAGAUGAUCUCCCACUAUGACGUCUCAGGAUGCUACAUUCUGCGACCCUGGGCCUAUGCCAUCUGGGACGAGAUCAAGAACUGGUUUGAUGCCGAGAUCAAGAAGCUGGGCGUGCAGAACGCCUACUUCCCCCUCUUCAUCACGGAGGAGGCCCUGACCACGGAGAAGGACCACGUGGAGGGCUUUGCAGCAGAGGUGGCCUGGGUCACCAAGUCUGGCAGCUCCGACCUGGACCGCCCGCUGGCCAUCCGCCCCACCUCCGAGACGGUGAUGUACCCCUUCUACCGCGACUGGAUCCGCAGCCACCGUGACCUGCCCCUGCGCCUGAACCAGUGGACCAACGUGGUGCGCUGGGAGUUCAAGCACCCCACGCCCUUCAUCCGCUCGCGCGAGUUCCUGUGGCAGGAGGGGCACACCGCCUUUGCCACGCGGGGCGAGGCCGACGCGGAGGUGCACACCAUCCUCGACCUGUACGCGGCCAUCUACCAGGACCUGCUGGCGGUGCCCGUCGUGCGCGGCGUCAAGUCCUCCAAGGAGAAGUUUGCGGGGGCACUGUACACCACCACCGUGGAGGCCUUCAUCCCGCACACGGGGCGCGGCAUCCAGGGCGGCACCUCCCACUGCCUGGGCCAGAACUUCUCCAAGAUGUUCAACAUUGAGUUCGAGACGGAGGACGGCACGCGCGCGCAUGCCUGGCAAAACUCCUGGGGCUUCACCACGCGCUCCAUCGGCGUCAUGAUCAUGACCCAUGGCGACGACCGCGGCGUGGUCAUCCCGCCCCGCGUCUGCGCGGUGCAGGUGGUGCUCAUCCCCAUCCCCAGCACCAAGCUGGGGGAGGAGGCGCGCGCCGCCAUGGCGGCGCGCGCCGCCGAGAUCGAGGCCGCGCUCAAGACCGCGGGCCUGCGCGUUCGCGUGGACGACCGCGACAACUACACCCCCGGCUGGAAGUACAACUACUGGGAGCUGCGCGGCGUGCCCCUGCGCCUGGAGCUGGGGCCCAAGGACAUGGAGGCGGGGGUGGCCAUGCUGGCACGCCGCGACACCGGGGCCAAGGAAAGUGUGGCGUGGGCCGACGUGGCCGCCCGCGUGCCCCAGCUCCUGGACACCAUCCAGUCGGACAUGCUGGCCAAGGCCAAGGCGACGCUGGACACCUGCAUCGAGCAGGUGACCACGUGGGAGGGGUUCAUGGCGGCCCUGGAGCGCAAGCACGCGGUGCUGGCCCCUUGGUGCGACGAAGAGAGUGUGGAGGAGGACGUGAAGCGGCGGUCGGCGGGCAAGGACGGCGAGAACAAGGACGCACGGGAGGCAACCAUGGGGGCCAAGACCCUCUGCAUCCCGCUGGAGCAGCCGGAGCUGCCGGAGGGCACGAUGUGCUUUGCCUCUGGCAAGCCCGCCAAGAACUGGGCGCUGUGGGGCCGGUCCUACUGA